ACAUUGAAUUCAAGAGUUAAAAUGAGGGUGAUAGCAUUGUUUCUGCUGGUGGCUGCAACUUCUCUCGUAGAAUGCAAGCGGUACCGCAGCGACUACGUGGACUACCCGGACGCAGGCGGCUGGCUCAAGCUGCACCGUGUACCUGCUAGCUGGCAUGACGCCCGUCUACGGUGCCAUCUCGAAGGAGGCACCCUGGCGUCUCCGCUGACUCAAAAGAUGUCAGAUGUGUUGAAGAGCUUUGUGGAAGGCCACGAGCUGGGCUGCGGUAUCUUCACCGGCAUCCAUGCCACCUUCUCCAGGGGAGACUUUGCUUCCAUCGAGGGAGUUCCCCUGGCGAGGAUCCCCCACAACUGGGCUUCUGGUGAGCCUGACAACGACCAGGACUCGGAGCAGUGCAUCCUGCGGCUGAAGGAUGGCUCGCUGGCUGACGUGAGGUGCAGCGACACCUACCCGUACGUCUGCUACCGCAAGUACACUAACGAGAUAACCAACGCCUGCGGCACUUUUGACAAUGAGUACCAGCUUGACAUGCGCACGGGCAGCUGCUACAAGUUCCACCUGGUGCCCCGCACGUGGUCGCGCGCGCACAUGGCCUGCACGGCCGAGGGCGGCCAUCUUGCCGUCAUCAACAGCGGCGCUGAAGCCAAGGUCUUAGAAGAGUUGUUCGCGAAGAACCCUGCCAGAAAGCUGCAGUCCAGGGCGCCGUUCGGCAAGGACAUAGUCUUCAUCGGCUUCCAUGACUGGAACGAGCAUGGGGAAUGGCUCACCGUCCAAGGUCAGACCCUCGAGCAGGCGGGCUACGCGCGCUGGUCGGGCGGGCAGCCCGACAACGGAACCCACAACGAGCACCGCGGGGAGUUCUGCGGCGGCGUCUUCCGCUCAGCUCAGCUCGACGAUCUGUGGUGCGGGAUGCCGUAUCACUUCAUCUGUGAGAAGGUCCCUGACAGUCUGCUGUGGGAUGAAAAAUAG